AUGUCUGGUGGAAGGGGGGAUGGUCGUUCCAUUAAAGAGAAAACUGUAUUAGUGGAUGUAGGUGAUAACCGGAAUAUAAAAGCUGCCGAUGUCAUCGCUAAUGUGGAAAAAGAAGUUGGUGAGGGAACAGUCCUUGCAUGUGUUCCAAAAAGCGGUAAUAGUUAUGAGCUGACGUUGACUGAUAAAGAUACUUUGGAUUUGAUUGUAGACACAGGUUUCAAGGUGAAUGACUCAAAUUUUAUACCCAGAGCUAUUUUUUCGCGUGAUAAAGUUGUCAUUUUUUUCAACGUGUCACAUUAUGUGCCCGAUUCAGAAAUAAGUGAGAAAUUAAUGGAGUUUGGUGUUAUACUCAAGUCGCCUAUUAAGCGGAAAAUGCACCCUGGUACGGACGUCGCUAAUGGUACGAGGGGUGAAAAUGAAAAUGAAACAACUAAUAAUGACACAGAAAACGAUACCAAUGCUAACAACUCGAGAAGCGAAACAAAUUCUGACAUUCCUGAACGUGAAACAAACACUGAACAACAAGAAAAUGAUGGUAUGAAAGAGAAUGAAGCUGGAGACGAACACACGGAUGGAGCUAAUGGUGAUGUUGAUAACAUGGAGCAGAGUGAUGAUGACGAUGAUAACACGGCGAAAAGUGACGGUGAAGACGAUGAUGAUACCAUGGAGGAAAGUAAUGCUGACGACGAUGCCAAAGAUGAACAAUUUGAUGAAAACGCUAAAAAAGACAAUGAUGUAACAGUUUCCGAUGAAAAAAAAAUGUCUGGUGUUGAUAAUGAUGAACUAGAUUUGAUGACUGAUGAUGAACAUUCAAACAAACAAGAGACAGUAAAUGUUGAUAAUAAAAUGCAUAGAAAAGGGGGGUCUAGCCCAUCAAAAUUAGAACCACAGCCAGUUCCUCGUGGGCCUAAUUUGACCGAUACUGCUGGUAAAAAAACAAAAGUUAAUGAAUCCAAGGAAGCUGAUAUUGAAAUGACCGACGAGGAAUUGGCUGCGAAUAUGAGUAAAGUAAGGAGGAAACGUUUAGUUUCAUCUCCAAAAGUUACUUCAGAUGGGCUUAAAAAAUUAAAGAGGGAACCCAAGAGUAAAAAAUCAAAUUCAAGUUCAUAG